AUGGUAACGGGCAGCGGAGCCUCCAGUUUAGCCAUGGCUAACGCUAAUUCACAGAAAGUCAGAAGAAGCUUUUCGUCCAAGUCUUGUGAACACAGAGAGUCAGAGGAGGACGGAGGCGACACAAUGACGAUGUUUGAAGUGUUUAACGGGAACAGGAGAGAGAAGAUCGUGCUACAGCGGCUCAUAGUGAUUGCUCGACUCCCCCGCCAUCUUGCUGACAGGACAGAACUGGGAGCUCAUUAUGAAAAACUCAACUUUCAGUUAAGGAAACAGUAUAUAUGGGAUCAUAUGACGGGCCUGCUGGUAAUUUAUCCCUCCUGUCUGCUGCACGUCAUUGAAUCAUCCAGGGAGGUUCUGCUUUCUGUUUUGAAAGACCUGGAAGACAUCAGACAACAGCCAGACCGCGCCCUGCUGGAAGCUCCCAAGGUUGUGUUCAUGGCACAUAACCCCCGAAGGAGGCUGUUCCAACAGUGGAGCUACAAGGUGCUGAAUGCAGAUCAGGGGGCCGUGGACGCUGGGACAAAGGGACUGGAGGAAGAGGAGGAAGAGGAGGAGAGCACAGAGACUCUGGUUUGCACUGUGCUGUCAGCACUGCAGAAACUGGGUGGACAUCUAGAAACAGCUCAGAAGGCUCUUCCCGGCUCACUGCUGGACGACACUCCGGACCUGAUCGUCUCUCAGGAGGUUCUGGACAAACUUUUGGCUCGAGACGAUCUCCUGACUCCACAACAACACCUGCAGAUGUACGACUCGCCGCUAAACCUCAGCACGGACUUUGGACAAGUUAUUCGAAGCAGCUCCCUCACCAGAGUUUAA